AGUCAUACAUUCAUCUCACAAGAUAGCGUAAAAUAUACAUAGGAAGUGCAAAAAACGGGGUCGUCAGGCCUACGAGCUUCUAAGUUGGCCGCUGUCUUUCUUGAGCACGGAGUGCUUGACUGACUCACCAACACGGACGUCAUCACAAGUCGCUGCCUCGUCAGCAGCAAAUGGCGAAACAACCCGAAAGUACAAUAGACUUAUCACCAGUCGAAGAGCUUCUGCGGAAGUUUCUGCUCGACUGCCGGGAUCACAUCGUGUACAACAGCCAUGACUCCACUAAUCUCGAUCUAUGGUUCGCUGGGGGCUGGGUUCGAGACAAACUACUCGGCGGCGAAUGCCAGGAUAUCGAUGUGGCCCUCAGCUCCAUGACUGGGGCUCAGUUCGGGGAAGCCCUCGAAGACCAUUUUGCUCGCUCUGCCGCGGCCUACAUCGCCGAAGCCCAGAAGCUUGGAGUGCCCCCAACCAUCAAAGGGCUGCACAAAAUCAACAGCAAUCCAGAGAAGUCGAGGCAUCUAGAGACAGGGACUAUCGAAAUAUUUGGGUUGUCGGUCGACUUUGUCAACCUGAGAAAAGAAGUCUAUACAAACCAGAGCCGGAAUCCUCAAGUCGAAUUCGGUACUGCGGUAGAAGAUGCUUAUCGCCGCGAUGCCACAAUCAACUCCAUCUUUUACAACCUGGACAAAAGACGAGUCGAAGAUCACACGCAGAUGGGGCUAUCAGACUUGGCAAUCGGCAUUAUUAGGACACCACUUGAACCUACUCGGACCUUUCAGGAUGACCCUCUUCGGAUCCUAAGGUUGAUCAGAAUUGCCAGCCGGCUUGGAUUCGCAAUUGAUCAAGAAACGGCACAAGCGAUGAAAGACCCACUCGUUCAUUCGGCUUUCAAUGAGAAAAUCUCUCGCGAGCGAGUGGGCAUUGAGGUUGAGAAGAUGAUCAAGGGUCCAGAUCCGUUGAUCGCCUUUGAGCUUCUCUAUGAAAGUGAUCUAUAUUCCACGGUCUUCCUAGAUCGAGCAGGUUAUCUGCGCCAUGCGUUGCUACAUUUUUUUCCUCGCAGCGGACCUGGCAUCCCAUGGCCGAAUUCAUGGCCGUUCGCAUUCAGGAAUCUUGCGUUUCUGUUGCAACAUAGACCCGGACACUGGGAAUCUGAAGCGCGAGAGCACAUCUGGUUGAUGGCAGCCUGGGCGCCGCUCGCACCACUUCGGAGAACCGACAUCGAGCAAGUUGUGAAGAGCGCAACGGAGGCAAUCAAGACAACAAGCAAAACAUCACAACUUCUAGACGAUUGCCUCAAGAAUAUGGAUUCUAUCCACGCAUCCGUACGACAGGUUACGACAGCUUCAGCAGGGAUAUCCCGAAGCGCUCUCGGCAGGGCAGUCAGGUCCUGGGGUACGUCAUGGAAGCUCCAAGUGUUAUACGUGCUAUUAGCCGACGCCAUUUCUUCUCAAGCGGUAAACUAUAACGCCUUUACCGACCUACUACUUAAUGGAUAUUCGAAGUUCAUGGACCAUGUGUUUGAGCAGGGCUUGCAAAACGCACCUCUCGCUAAGCCUAUACUUAACGGAAGCGAAUUGAAGACUAUCUUCAACCUCAGGCAAAGCGGUCCUUUUCUCAAAGUAGCUCUUGAAAGUCUGGUGCAGUGGGGAUUUGAUCAUGAGCAUGCGUCGAAAAAAGAUGCUAAAGAAUGGGUACUCAUGCAGAGAGAAAAUUUUUGUAUACCAUGAUUUAUAUUAUAACUCCUACCGUGGGUAGUAUUUCUCAACGUCUUCGUUGUGAGGAUGGCGGGGCGAGUCCCAUUUUUUUUUUUGUAGCUCCUUCAGGACAUGUGCUCCUUUCGAAUUAAGACGAG